UUUUGGUUCUUAGGAUGAAAGUGGUUAUAUAUUUGCUUAAUGGAAAACUUUGAAUCAGCCGCCUGCAAUUACUAAUCAAAUAGCAAACGAUAAAUCCCAGAAAAGGGUUUUGUUCUUCAGUGGAAGCCUCCCAGUUCAAGCUUUAUAAAGGGAGGCGCCAGAACUCCGAGGGUGAGAAUUGAGAAUUCAAUCCCUCGCACUAAGCCACUGUAUGAUCUCGCUCUUUGGAACAAAGCUGCCGUCAAUCCUUCCCAAAACGGCGGCGCCAUUUCCCGGUGACCAUGGGCGCUUCCGGAUCGAACCGGCUGCUGGCUCUGGCCCAACAGCUCCGCCUGUACGAGCCGCCAGCUACACCGCCCGACGAAAUCGAGGAGCAGGCCAUGGAGGAAACUGCCGGCGAGGUGAUUGCGCAAGUGGGUUUUCAAGAAUCGGCUACCCCGAUUGCGAAUCGACCCGAUAGGUUCAGACCCAAAAGAGCGGCGGUUCUGGUCUGCAUCUUUGAAGGCGAUUCCGGCGAGCUUCGUGUCAUCUUGACCAAGCGGUCCUCGAGAUUGUCCACUCACUCUGGUGAAGUUUCAUUUCCUGGUGGGAAAGCUGACGAGGGUGACAAGGAUGAUGCAGACACAGCAACAAGGGAAGCUAAAGAGGAAAUUGGGCUGGAUCCUUCUCUGGUUGAUGUUAUUACAGUUCUGGAACCAUUCUUAUCUAAGCAUCUCCUUCGAGUAGUUCCUGUCGUAGGGAUUCUAAGAUACAAGGAAGCGUUCAGCGCUGAACCAAAUCCAGCCGAAGUCGAUGCAGUAUUCGAUGCACCUUUGGAAAUGUUCAUCAAGGAUGAACAUCGGAGGGUAGAAGAGAGGGAGUGGAUGGGGGAGAAGUAUCUGGUGCAUUUCUUUGAUUAUGAAACAGGGGGAAAUAAGUAUGUGAUAACGGGAUUAACUGCUGGGGUUCUGAUCAAAGCUGCAUCAGUUGUCUACCAGCGGCCUCCAGCUUUCUUGGAGCAGAAUCCCAAGUUCAGGUUCCCUCGCCAUGUAAGCAUCGGUACUGUUAUGCCGCAUUGAUAUCGUUCAUGCUCGAUAUAUAUAUCCGUCUGAAUUCUUGUAUCAUGACACAUUAACAUCGAUCCUCGUAAGGAUAAGGAUCUUAACAAGAAAUUAGAUUCAUUUGGUUCCCCAAGAGUUUUUAUCUCUGUUCUGCAAUUUUCUAGACAAGUCAAAUUACUACAGUCUCUAGUUUUCUAGCUAAGGACCGCCAAAGAAAAUAAGGCGUCCAAUUCCAGGCCCAGCAUCAAAUCCCUCAUCUAUCACCUGGUAUCUUUUGCUGCUCUGAUAAGUUUCGCACGAGGGUGGAUCGUGAUCGAUCUCAUGGUUUUCGUCGAUGAGAUUCACUUGCCUGCCAUAACAAUCACUAUACAGCUUCUGCUGCAGCUUCUGUCCAGCACCCAUUGGCGGAGGAUCGGUGCCUGGAGGACUGUAAACUUCUCCUCCCCAUUCUACGUAGUUUGCAGAAUCCGCCAGCGCUGUGAAUAUCUUCUGCGGCCAGGAUCCCACAGUUAUGUUCGUUCUCCCGAUCACCAAGAACCAGUCUCCAUUUGCAGCAUCCUGUCAAGAAGAGAUUUAAUGCAUCAAUGUGCCAAAAUUGUGAAAAUAAAAAAUAGAAUUUUUUUGUACCUUGCGUACAAAGAAUUUCUUCUCAUACAAUGGCCCUCCGAUCUGAGUAUAGGGUUUGAGAAGCAAAUCUAUAGGCACUUCAGUGGUGCUGAUUAUGAAACCAGGGCAGUAGGUGUUGUAACAAUACGAGUCCUUUGUCUGAAUCAAAGAGAAAGAAAAUCAGCAGCACUUCAGUGAAAUGGUGAAUUAUCCCAGCCCUAGAACAACUUGUAAAUCUUCUUGGUUCUGUGCAAGACAGUAAAGACGAUUACCGU